GUGUAGUUUCGCUGAAGUUAAGUUGCAAAAUGGUUGAGGAAACGAAAGACUCCGGCUUCACCAAGGAGGAAGAGCUGCUGCUGCAGGAUUUUAGCCGGAAUGUGAGCACCAAAUCGAACGUACUGUUUUACGGCAGUGCAUUCAUCGUUUCGGCGGUGCCCAUUUGGCUGUUCUGGAGGGUGCAUCAGAUGGACCUGCUCCCGUCGGUAGUGUUCUUUGUGAUCGUCACCGGACUGUGCACGUACCUGUUGGCCAUGGCUUAUCGUAACACCAAGUUCACGAUGAAGCACAAGAUUGCCAUCAAGCGGGAGGAUGCGGUAACGCGUGAAAUGACCGCCCAGCUGGCUGAUGACAAGAAGAUGAGCCGCAAGGAGAAGGACGAGCGGGUGCUGUGGAAGAAGAUUGAUGUAGCCGAAUACGAGGCAACCACUUUCUCGAUCUUCUACAACAAUGCACUCUUCCUGGCGGUGGUCAUUUUCGCCAGCUUCUACCUGCUCCGAUCGUUCACUCCGACCUUCAACUACAUCUUCUCGAUGGUCGGUGCCGGUGGACUGUUGGCACUGCUGUCGACCGGAAAGUCGACGUAAAUCGGAUUGCCUAUCCGAGCGCCGG